AAUGAAUUAAUUUUACUUCAUUAAAUUAAAAUUUUCUUAAUCAAAUUCAGCUCAAAAAUGACAAAAGAUAGCUCAAAAAUCAUCGAAACAGACGGAAUCGAGAACCGGUCCGACAAAACCCUAACAAUUCCGAUCGAAAUUCCUCUUUCGAGAACCCCGUUAAACACGAUACCAGAUCCGUCACAAUUCUGUAAAGAAUUUCAGUAUAUUGAAUCCGGUUCGAGUUCGAAUAGAAGGAAAUCGGAAUCGGCUCAUAGUACACCAGCUAAGAGUGUUUCCAGGACUACUUAUGUUGGUCAAUUGGGGGCGGUUACGGGUCCGAGGGUUAGUUUGAGUAAUACAGAUAGAGUAGGGAGUAGUUCUAGGGUUUCGAGAAGGAUUUCAGGUGCGAAUUGUGAGCCAGUGGUUAAGGAUAGUAUUGAGGUUAAACAUUUUGAGCUAGUCGAAGAUCCUUCGUUUUGGAACGAUCAUAAUGUUCAGGUCUUAAUACGGAUCAGACCGUUAAGCAAUACGGAGAAGAUGGCACAAGGGUAUGGCAGGUGCUUGAAGCAAGAGAGUUCACAAAACUUAGCUUGGCUUGGUCACCCUGAAGUCAGAUUCACAUUUGAUCACAUUGUCAGUGAGACAAUAUCACAGGAAAAGCUAUUCAGGGUUGCUGGAUUGCCCAUGGUUGAUAACUGCAUGUCUGGUUAUAAUAGUUGCAUGUUUGCUUAUGGUCAGACUGGUAGUGGCAAAACUUAUACAAUGAUGGGUGAAAUAAGUCAGCAGGAUGGAAAGCUUGUUGAUGACUGUGGAAUAACUCCACGGCUUUAUGAAUAUCUAUUCAUGAGGAUUAAAUUGGAGGAAGAGAACGGGAGGGAUGAAAGACUAAAGUAUAGCUGCAAGUGUUCCUUUUUGGAGAUAUACAACGAGCAAAUAACAGAUCUCCUGGAGCCUUCAUCCACUAAUCUCCAACUCAGAGAAGGUUUAAAGGAAGGAGUGUAUGUUGAGAAUCUUACAGAACAUACUGUCAAUACCGUUGAGGAAGUCCUUAAGCUUUUGUUGCAGGGUGCUGCGAAUAGGAAAGUUGCGGGAACCGAUAUGAAUAGUGAAAGCAGCCGAUCACAUAGUGUUUUCACAUGCAUUGUUGAAAGUCGCCGGGAAAAGGAUUCUGUAAUGCAUCUUAGGUUUGGGAGGUUACAUUUGGUAGAUCUAGCUGGCUCUGAAAGGCAGAGAAGCUCUGGACCAGGGGAACGUUUAAAGGAGGCGUCCUAUAUAAACAAAUCACUAUCAACUUUGGGUCUGGUAAUAAUGUCUCUGGUGGAUGUUGCACAUGGGAAACAUAAACAUGUACCUUACAGAGACUCGAGACUUACAUUUCUUCUUCAGGAUUCUCUAGGUGGGAACUCGAAGACGACAAUUAUAGCAAAUGUCAGCCCCUCAAUGUGGGCUGCGAAUGAGACCCUAAGUACUCUAAAAUUUGCUCAGCGUGCCAAGCUAAUUCAGAACAAUGCAAAAGUAAAUGAAGACGCAUCAGGUGAUGUGAUAGCUCUGCAACGACAAAUUCAAAUGUUAAAGGAGCAAAUGUCCGUGUUGAUGAAGCGUCAAAAUACCUCCAAACUUCUGUUACAACCGUCCCAAAGUGAACAGAAAAACCAAUUUACACUUGAGGUUGAAGAAAGCUACAUGGAGCAAAAUUUGCCUAUUGAAAGAGAGAAUCAGAAUGACAAAUCUGCAAUGACAUUAGAAGAGUACAAGUGUGCGAACUCCAAACUGAUUAGGAAAGUUGAUGAACUGAACAGAGAACUGCACAAAUACAUGAGUUGUAACCAGACAUCAGUAUAUCCUGUGGAAAGUGUGUUGAGUAGCAUUGCUUUAGGAGAUGGGAUGGCAGCCUGUAGUCAAGUGGAAGAUGGAGUUCUGCUUCAUAACAGUGGUCUUGAAACGGCCAGCAUGUUGCAUUCCAAAAUUUCAGAAGAGCUAAUGGAUACAAGAACUUUAUUAGACUCCAUGAAAUCUCAGCAAACCCGAUUGGUCGAAGAGCUACAAUAUGUACGCCAAGAGAACGAUAGACUGGUGGAAACCCUAACCAACAACAAACAACAGAUACAUCCUAUGCUUAAUCAUGAAAACCAUAAUUUAGAAAAUGGCUCGUUAGAAAGCACAGACCAAAGUAUGAUCGAUUUACAAGCCAGGUUGGAUAAGAUGACUAAAGGCCUCGAGGAUUUGAAAUUACUUAAUGAUCCUCUCAGGGACCAAGUUGAUCUAGCUCAUGAGGAAGUGGAGAAUGAAGCAGCUAAAGCAAUUAUUAAUUUACAAGAAGAAUUAGCUUCUUUACAGGUGAAAUAUCACAAAAGACUAUGUACCAUGACUGAAGAAAACAAAAAACUAAAAAGAAUCAUUGCAGCCAAAGAGGAUGAAGUGUACACGUUGCAUAGUGACUGGGAGAAAGCAAGUUUAGAGUUAACCAGCUUUCUGUUGGAUGGUUCUAAAUCUCUCAAAGGUGCCUCUGCACAAAUAGAAAGUAUUGUUUGUUCAUAUCCACUUCAUAAUGUUUUGGUUGGUGAACAUGUUAAGAAGGCUGUAACAGUUUUUAUUGAGAAGGAAAACACAAUUUUGCAACUGGAAAAGAAUUUAGUGGAUGCUCAGAGCACAAUACAACAGAUGCAGGAGAAAUUGAAUUCUUUAAGGACUGCAACAUUAGCUCUGACAGAAAUUCAGUAUACAGAACACAAUGAAAAGACCAAAGAAACUAAUGAAAUGGUUGAAGUACUAAGAGGUGCCACUUCACUAGAGAUUUCCUCAGAUCAAAUGCAAGAAAAGCAGUUAUUAGUGGGGCAUCAGAUAAUAGAUGAACUUGUUUCAAUAAAUAACAGACUCGAUGACAUAAAGGCUUAUUUUGAAGAUUUGGAUGGAUCAGCAACUGAUAUUUCUACCUCUAGUUCUAUCCUCUCUGAUGAUGAUGAUGAUGUUAAUGAUGUGCCCGAAAUCAUUGUACGCAAACAAACUUCAAUCCUUGUGCCAGAAGGAGGCUCAAAAUCUUCUUUCAACAAUCAAGAAUCAGACAUGGCACGUUUGUUUUUGAAGAAGCAAUUCGUUAUGGCUUAUGAAGCUUUCAUCAAAUUGGAUGUUCAGUUGGCUGCAAUCUUCAAAGAUAAAGAAUAUGGAUUUCACUCUCAAGGUGUAGACGGGCUUCAAAACCCAGAGAUGCAAGGAGAUAAAGCAGGCUUUACAGCCACAAAGUGUGCUGAAGAAAAGGCUUACAAUGCAAGUAGCUUCUUCAGGAAGUUUGAGGAGGCCUGUACAACCAUGAAUGAGGCUGAUAAUAUGUUAAAUGCAUUAUCAAAAGCAAAUGAAGAAGCAAAAAAGUUAAGUGUUAGAUGGAAAAAGACCGCAAAGGAAGCAAUGGAGGAGAAGGCAAGCUUAGUAGAAGAAAUAGACCAACUCAAAUCUCACAUACAGAUGAUAGAUGAAGAGCAUUGUUGCAGUUUGACAGAACAUGCAAAUUUGUUGUCUAUGCUUGAAGGUUCUUUCAGGCUUAUGCAAAGAGAGGCUGAGGAUCUAUGCCACUCAGUGUAUUCUGAUGCUUUGGCAAUGUUCCAAGGUGUCCACCAUAGCAUUUUUCAAUUAAGAUCUUCAUUACAAGAUAUUUGUGCUGAAACAAUGGAGAAAAGCUUUGCAUCUCUUGUGGUACAACAAUGUCGCAUUGGAGAAUAUAUUAACAAAUAUGGACUCCAUGAAGAGAUAAUGGAAAAUUUUAAAGUUCUUCAGUCUGGACAAAACAAUUCAGUGAUUAAUGAUGAAGAGAAGAAUUAUAGUCCAUCGGUGGCAAGAAAAGAAACAGGAGAGUUGGGUGGAAGCGCUGAUGACCUGAUUGGUGAAAACUUUAAGCUAAAGAAAGAACUGGAACGAAAAAGCACUUUGUUGAAUGGCUUACUUUUCGAUUUUAGUUUGCUACAAGAAUCAACAUCUACAAGAAAAGAUAUCAAAGACGAAGCUGAAAAGUUACUCACAGAUUUAAGCCAAGUACAGCAUGAGCUAAAGUUGAAAACAAAUCAGCUUGACGAUGUGAUGGUUGGAUAUGAAAAACUUGAAAGUCGUUUAUCUGAUGCCGAAGCUGCUUUUUCAGUCUCAAAAUCUUCUCUGCAGCAUUCUGAAGAAACCGUGGAUGCAUUGCAAUUCCAAAAUGCUGAGUUGAGAAGUCUUUUAGAGGAUCUAUACCUUAAAAAGUCAGAAACUGAAAAGCAACUCGAAGAACAAAAGGAAAUUGUCAAAGCUUUGGAAAAAGAAAUACAUUGUACAACUUCUUCAGCAGAAGAACAGUUCCUAUUUUCACUAGAAGGCAUUACUGAUGAUUUCAAGAGGGUCUCUAGCGAGAGGGACGAGUUAUAUGAACAAAUUAAAUCUUUGAAAGAUAAGCUUGAGAUGGCCUAUGCUAUAGCUGAUGAAAAUGAAGCUAUUGCCGUUGAAGCACGUCAGACCUCCGAGGCAAGCAAAAUAUAUGCUGAACAAAAGGAAGAGGAGGUUAAGGUUCUUGAAAAUUCUGUUGAAGAACUUGACUCAACUGUUAAUGUCUUAGAGAAAAAGGUUAAUGAAAUGGAAGAGGAGCUUGAGAGACAUCACAGGAUAAGAGAUUCAUUGGAAGUGGAACUUCAAUCACUGAGUCAAAGGCUAUUGACUGUAGAAACUUUUAGAAACAACAUUGAUAACAAUCAUGUUAACCAACCUGAGGAGCAAAUUUCCAGGAAACUACAUAGCAGAUACCUUGAACUUCAGGAGGCACAAGCACGGAUAAAGGAUCUCGAAGAUGAAAGAGUAGAACAAGCUAAUGAGAUCAUGCAAUGUAAAGAGUACAUUUCAGAACUUGUUAUCCAUGCAGAAGCUCAAGCUGCCCAGUAUCAACAGAAGUACAAGUCCUUGGAAUCAAUGGUUAAUGGAAUGAGGAUAGAUUCAUCAAAAUCUGGAUCUGAAGCACCAUUACCAGACAAGACAGAAAAAAGCUUGGUAAGAGCAAGGGGUUCUAGCUCGCCAUUCAGAUGUAUAGGGAAUUUAGUCCAGCAGAUGAAUACAGAGAAGGAUCAGGAACUAUCAUUGGCCAAGCUUCAUCUAGAAGACCUACAAGCAUUAGCAUCAAGUCGCCAGAAAGAGAUAUGUGUGCUAAACACGAAACUGGCUGCAGCAGAGAGUAUGACGCAUGAUGUGAUCCGGGAUCUUCUUGGUGUGAAAUUAGACAUGACUAAUUAUGCAAACUUGAUAAACCAAACGCAGCUUCAAAGAUUUAUAGAGGAUGCUGCUCAGCAAACACAGGAGUUUGUAGCAAUGGAGCAAGAGAUUCGCAGACUGAAUCGACAAAUCACUGAUUUACAUGAAGAAAAAGACAGGUACAUUUCGGAAAUAAAUUCGAAGGAAGCCGAUAUACUUGCUUGUAAGAUGAAAAUAGUGCAAUUGCAAGGGCGGGAUCAUAUGCUGACCGCACAAAACGAAAUGCUGAAGGCAGACAAAACCAAUUUACAGAUAAAGGCUGCAGAACUAGAUGAUAUGAUUAAGAAGCUUCUUGGAAAACAACCUACUCAGCCACAAGAGAAUCAUGCGUCAAAAGCAUGGACUAGGGAGUUUGGUAAGAGGCUGCCUAACUCAGAGAAGCUGGUUCUAGAAAGGCAACCUACUCAGCCACAAAGUCAGCGGCAAGAGAAUCACAUGUCAAAAGCAUGCACCAAUGAGUUUAGUAAGAGGCUGGCUAACUCAGAAAAGUUGCUUCUACGUGUUAAUAACGAACUUGCUCAAUAUUGUAGACCUGAUAGCCCUCGGUUGCACCGUAUAGGCGAUACUGAAAAGAGGCGUAGAUGAAUGGUAAAUAUAACUAAGAGAAGUGAAUUGGGGAUCUCCUACCACUGCUUGGGUACUUACAUAUUGACUUUGGAUUGGUUUGGUUAACAGUAUGAUGACUGAGUUGUGGGUUCAUGAAGGUGGUUAUUCGUGAGAGUGUCAAUUAAUAUGCCCCAUAAAAUUUGAUUGCAGUUUUUUUUGCUACAGAUCAGAAUGCUAAUUGUAACUACCUUGCUGCAGCAAAGGAAUUAUGACUGUAUAUGAUUGAUUUGUAAUCUGUAUAGUGUUUUGGAAUGGAAGUUGGUUGGGUUUUUCAGUCAA